AAAACUCAAUGAUGGAAUGAAUAUUGCAAUAUAAGGCAAGGCGCUUCUUUCUCAAAGUUUCUCGCUUGUUGCUUUAGCAGGGGCGCUCACGUUUUUUGGCUCCUUCCCGGCCCGGAAGUUCGCUUCUGGGUCCGGUCACGUCCCCUAUUUCACGUUUACGCCUAGGCCCUCGAUUUGCCCUAGCUUUACGCUAGCCUUUCCCCGUAUGAAGCCCUUACCUAGCGGGUCUUUCCGUUGCGGCUGGAUCGACUGAAACUGCCUUAACUACUGCCGCAGGUGGAUCAACUACAAUUGGCUCUUCAGCGGAUUAGUAGGUUCCGAAUCAACCCCGUCGGAUGGAUUCAGUGAAACAAACUUACUUGGUUCAGGGAGUUUUGGCUCUGUAUAUCUGGGAAAACUCAAUGAUGGAAUGAAUAUUGCAAUUAAGGUUUUCAAUUUAGAAUUGGAAACAGCAUUGACAGGUUUUGAUAAUGAAUGCAAAGUGUUAUACAAUCUUCGACAUAGAAAUCUUAUCAAAAUCAUCAGCAUUCAUAGCAGGAUCAAGUUCAAAGCCUUGAUACUCGAACAUAUGCCUCUUGGAAGCCUUGAAAAUUGGUUGUACAAUCCAAGUAAUAGUUUGAGCAUGCUACAGAGGUUGAACAUCAUGAUAGAUGUUGCGUCAGCAUUGGAAUAUCUUCAUCAUGGCUAUUCACCACCUGUUGUUCAUUGUGAUAUAUGUGAAGUCCAGCCGCACCACCACUGCACCGACAGUGUGAAGACUGCACAGCCAUCACUUUUGACACCACUGCACCGACAGCCACCAUUUUUGACAAUGGCCAUUGCUGCACCGAAAAUGGAUUGUUCAACAAUUGUGGGCUCUGCAGAGGCUGUUGAAGAUUGUAGCCAUGCAACCGACCUUGUAAGCCUAUAAAUAGGCUCCAUCCCGUUGUAUGCAAGCCAAGCAAAGAGAGCAAGCUCAAUAUUAUCCCAAGUGAGGAAUAUUGAGAGAAAACUCCGAGAGAGAGAGUGUUUAAGUUCCAGAGAGAGCUUGAGAGAAGAGUGAGCAAAUUUUAGAGAGAGUUUGACAGUAAGGGGAGAGAUUCCACGUGAGAAUCCAAGA